ACUUUUCUCUGUACAUGCAGCAUACUCUGUGUGUGUUUGUGGGUGUUAAUAGUAACUCCUGAGCCAUAAGCCCAUCCUCAUAGUGCUCAUCCUGUUGAAGAAUGGGUCAGGGCGCCGAAGGCUGACCUGGCCCUUUGCCCAGUAAGCUAUCACCCGUAUCACCCUGCCCUUUUAUCAGCUUAGCCCGGCUCCUUGUGGAGUAAGCCACCACACAAGGAGCUAGUAGUACCCCCCUCCUCCCUCCAUCACUCCAACUCUCUCUCUCUCUUUCUCUCUAUCAAUCUAUCUAUCUGUUGUGUCCUCUACCCCCCUCCCCUCCACUCUCCUCUACUCUCCCCUCUGUUCAGAUCUGUUACAUUCAGCAACAAAUUUCUGCUGCAUCAGACGUCCAUCAUAGAUCCCCGCUCAGCCUGAAACGUGAUCAGACACCCCAUACGAGGCAUCCACAUAAAAAAAGGGAGGGGGGCAAUGCAAAAUGGUGUUUAGAUUUGGUUUUUAAAAGGACCAGAAGCCAAGAUGGUGAAACAUGUUUUCUGUUCAAUAGAAAGAAUAGUGAAUCCACUCUCUGAAGUUGCACCUGUGGGACCCCUUUUGCUACUUUUCACUUCCACCACUAUGCUUUUUUGAGUGUGGUCUGACUCAUCUGACCUUUUUUGUCUGGGCCUGACCCUGUAUGUUUAUGAGUGUGUGAGUAUGUUUGUGAUGGACAGAUUAAAUAGUGUAAAGCCAGAGAGAGAGUGAGAGACACACAGAUAGACAGACAGAAACAGCAAGUAUGAGAGGGAGAAAGUCUGAUGGUGCCAUAAAUGAUUGACAGACAGUAUGACUCCACAGUGAGUUUGCUUGUGUUGAUGUUUGUCUGUCUUUGUGUGUGAGUUCAACAUGCAAAAUAUCAAAGUGUGCCUGCAUAAGUAGAGCAUAACAGUCAUUUCUAUAUCUCUGUAUUGUCGUAAACAUCCUUUGAUGAACCCGGUCCAUACUCUAUUUCCUUCUCUUUCACUCUGACUGGACUAUAUUCUCUAAUGUAUAUGAAACAUAGUGUUGUGAUUUAUGCAGAAUUAUAAGUAAGAUAUUGUACAUUUAUAAAAAUUAGUGAUAUAUGCUGAUUACAGGGCAGAAGUGUCAACAAUAAUUAGAAGAAAGUAAUAAUUCUAUUUUGCGUAACCAUCUUUCUUUCUUUUUAAUACAUGAAUGCACAAAGUAGGAUUUAUGAGUUUUAAUCAAAUUACUUAAAAAUAUCUUUAUUUUGUGUGGACAAUUCAAUUAAAAUUACCAUGUCAACUCUGACUCCUUAUGAGCAAUGGGUUGAUUUGAAGGUAAACAUGCAAUGAUACAAGAAGCAAUUUUAUUUUUACAUGCUCUCAACUGUACAGUCAAAUUAGUUAUUAAGGUUUUUAAAUCUAAAGAAAAGUACCGUAGAGUAACUUUUAUAAAUAAGUAAGAAGCCUGUAAUUCUUGGCAUAUUUACCUUUUUAAUUUAAUAUGAAUUAAUGUGAUUUUGAUAUUUUCUUUAUUUCAUAUAAUCUUUAUGAUUGUUUUCUAAUUUAAUUAUAGCCUACCAAUUAGAUAUUGUUGUUACUUUUAUUUGCUGAGACUGAACAUUGAUUACUAUUCACAAUGUGGCCCUACUUUCCAAAAUAGUUUAAUCUUAAUAAAAAAAAAAUUCCAGAAUUAAAACAAAUAGACAUAUUUGCUCUCUAUUAAUUGUGAUACUUGUAAUGAAACCACAUGAGUACAGCAAAUGCCAGAGUAGACAGCGAUCGUGCCCACACAACCUCAGUGCAUAUCAUCUUCAAACAGCAUUCACUUUGAAAAAUAAGUUAUUUUCACCUUAAUGUCAGAGGAGACUCACUGUGGCCUUCAAGCUGAUGUGUCUGUACACACCUACAAGUCUGAUUAGCUUUCCAUUGCAUUGAGGUUGAGAAGUUAGAGAAGGUUAACCUCUAAAUUACUGUUGGUAACAAGUCUACAUUUUGCUCUGAGUUUGAAAGGUUGGAUGAAUUGCUCUCAGAAAUGUGAAAGAACAUAAAGAUUGCUUUUUACAGUUAACCACCAAUAAUGAUUUGAUUGCUUCAUUAAAUCCUAUUUCCCCCUGCGCUGCAAUUUACAUUCUCGCUCCUGUAUUGCUUUUCUGUGCUGGUAAUUAACAUAAGCUUGUUUGAACUGAGGUUUAUUUCUUUGACGAGGUGCAGACGGAGUUAUUUGCAUACUGUUGCAUUUUCAACCUUGAGCCUGUUUGUCAUUUUGUAAAAGGUUUUAAUACUGACAGCUUUCUGAUUUCUUGCCGUGAAUGAACCACACUGCUCUCACCAAUUCAGUCCUAAAAAGCCAUACCAGCCAUACCUACACACACUUUACUUGCACUGACUGAAUCACUGAAGCAAAUCAUUCAGAGCUCUCCUGCAGUAGUCCUGUUAGCGUAUGAGCCUGUUUGAGUGUGUGUGUGUGUGUGUGUGUGUGUGUGCAUAUGAAGUCAAAUCAAAUGUAUUCAGAAAAGCUCUUUUAACAACAGGUACGUAACAAAGUGCUUUGAUGAGAACAAAGGACACAAAUUCAGAUGAAAACUACAGAUAAACAAAAAGAAUGAGUAUGGCAUUAGUGUGUGUGUGUGUGUGUGUGUGUGUGUGUGUGUGUGUGUGUGUGUGUGUGUGUGUGUGUGUGUGUGUGUGUGUGUGUGCGCGCGUGUGUGUGCUUGAUGGAUGUGAGGUUCAGUUUUGAGUCAGAGGCAGCAGCAAAAGCCUAAGUCUGAGAGUGCAUGUAGGAUGAGCCUCCCACCACUCUCCCUGUCUCUCAUCAACUGUCUCUCUGCCGCCCCUCCAUCCUUCCCUCUCUUUUAUGUGCAAACAUGUCUUCUGAAAAUCAGAAAUAUAGAUUCAUUUAUUAGUUAAUGGCUUUUCAUGUUAAGAGAUAAAUUUAAUUGUUUAAAGUUAUGUGGAAAGGAUAACAUGAGACAGUACCAAGGCAGCAUAAAUCAUCCUGUAUAUUAUCUGUAUGUGCUGCAUCCUUGACUGUUUGUGUGUGAAAAUUUGUGUGUGCAUAUGUGUGUGUGUGUGUGUGUGUGUGUGUGUGUGUGUGUGUGUGUGUGCAUGUUUGUAUCCCUCACAGUGAUUAAAGCAAGUGGGCGGCAGCAGCAACUGGUCUGCCUGUGUGGCUCUGCAUAGCAGACAUGUUUCUCACUGCUAGAUAUUACUCAUUUCCUCAGCCCUUUGCACACACAAGCACACACACACACACUCUUGACACUCACAUACACAACAGACACAGAGACGAAUAGCAGGCUCUCAGUUCUUUCCCUCAGAUUGGUGGGCUCGCUGGUGUUAUUUUAUGCGUACAGAGAUCAGAGGCAGUGUGUAGCUGGAGGCUGCUGAUAUCUGCGGGUGUUGUAACUGGCAGUGGUGCUGUGGAGGAGCAGUGUAGCACAGUGAGGAGCUGAGGAGUGGGUUGACCCUCUGGGAGGACUGGAAUAUGAAUGACUGUCAACACAGGGACGUCUGCACAGCCCGCACUAAGGUGAGUGGUGCUUCAGUAAAAAAGAAUCAACAGUGAUCUGAGAGUGAUGCUGUGUAGCAGCCUUCCCCUCUGUCUGCGCCCCUCGUUCUCCCGUGAGGCCCAUGUGACCUAGCCUACACCCACACACAGGGGGCCCCCACUGCCGCUGGAGCCCACCCAUGAAUCCCAGCCCCGACCGCGGCAAAGAGUGCCUCCCUCCCAAGAAGAGGGAAUCUCGGCAAGGAUCGACAGAUCACCACGUCCCUCUGGAUGAGUUUAAACCCCCUGUGCCGCUCCGAAGUCGGUCCAGCACAGGGGGAGGGGAGGGAAGCAGGGAGGCCAGCGACAGGGACCGAGCUCUGAUUAACCCAAACCUCCAUCUCCUACAUACUCCUCCACCCCUUCCUGCUCCUGCACCAGGCCUCCCGCUGCCCCUUCCAUGGCACCUGAGUUACUCCCCCUCUGUCUCUCUCCCCCUUUUCCCAGGUCAGGUUAGUGAGAGGAGGGGCUCAGGGUCUCCUGCUUGGAGAGAUGACCCUCUCUCUACAGCCCUGCCCCACCACUCCAGGUGGCUUAGUAGAGAAGGGCCCCUCUCCUUGCCACCUUCACCAUCUUCCUCCUCCACUUCUUCCUUUAAGACUCCCUUCCCAGCAGAUUCUAGAGAAAUGUGGCCCUACAUUAACAGUGGGCGGCGAGACAGCAGCUCCUCUCUUUUCUCCCCCUCGUACUUGUUUAGUCACCACUCUCUCUACCCUCAAGAUUCAAGCUUAGUUGAAGCCAGACACAGGUACCUGGGCAAGAGGCCCAACGGCCUGGAUGGGCCAGGCAGCAGGACUGCCUCAACCUCCAGGCCUCUCCUCACAGGAGAAUAUGGGAACGAUAGCAGCAGAACCAGGCUGGACAUCAGUCCACACAGCUCCCAUACCAACGGUGGACGGAGACCUCAAGAGGAUCUAACAUCCCGUGUCCAUUCUGGAGGGCCAUUUUUGUCAGACUCUCAAGCUCAGGAGGGCCCUGAGCCACAUUCCUCACUGCAGGACAGACUUCCGCAUGGGAUAGUUAAGGCCAACUCCAAUUUACUUUCCACCAGUCCCCUUCCCCUGGGACCAGUCCCCAGGGCAGGUAGAGGAGGACUAUUGGACCCCUUAGGGGCUACACCAGCUGAAGCUCAGAUCUACUACUCUUUGGGAUCGGUGUGCCACCCCAGCCCUCAGGCCCAGGCCUACCCACUCUACAGCCCCUCAGGAACACCUCUGUACAACCUGCACAGGGAGCCAGGCUCCAGGCAGCACAAUUUAAGGAACUCACCGCACUCACCCCUGGGUCUGCCUAACAGCCAUGACAGGUCGCAAAGAGACAGGGAAAGAGACCAAGAAAGAGACAGAGAAAAAAUCCUACAAAAGGACAGGGAACGAGGUAAAGACAAAGAGAAGCACCUACAACAUGACAAAGACCAAGAAAGAGAUAGUGAGCGUGAGAGGCGACAGAACAGAGAAAGAGACAGAGGGAGAGAGUUAUCUCCUUCCCAUCUUCACACCUCACCCCCGGGCCUUCACUCAUCUCCCCCUGCGCUCCUACCUCACUUCACCAAGGGUUCUCUGAUUGAGUUGGCCAGUGGGCGGUUGAAGCGGGUGGAGGAGCUGCGGACAGAGGACUUCCUGAGGAGUGCAGAUACCUCUCCGGAGUUCCACCUCAGCACCUGCACUGUGCUGCUGAUUUCCCCCAGCAGUACACAGGGCUUCAGCCACCUGCAGGUCCACCUCACAGACCGCAACACUCAGGAGUUACUGAAGGUCUUGGUGGAGUACCCGUUCUUUGUGCAGGACCGAGGCUGGUCUUCUUGCUGUCCCCAGAGAACCACACAGCUGUAUGGCCUGCCCUGCCGCCAGCUCAUGGAAGGGGAUGUCUGCCUGGCUCUCACCCCCACCCCCACCCAAACCCACCGGACACACACGCGUACCAGCUCCAGGGCCCAUCGCACGCAACUCUCAUCCAGGGCUGCAGGAGAGUCCAGCAGCUCGCACAGGGAGGAGAUGCCGCCUCCCCCUCCUCCUCCCCCUCUUCCUCACCACCCACCUACUACCACACCGGCCCCUCCACGCUCUUUGGCUGCAGACCCUCCCGCUCAGGAGCAGCCGCGUCCACGCAAACGGCGCUGGUCUGCCCCGGACACCCUUCCCUCACUUGGAACUGAUGAAAGCCUCCUGGAUUUACCUCAUGGCUCCAAGCUAAUGAAGUGGCAGUAGAAACUCGGAUAUGCAUAUGAAACAUGCAUACUUACUGUACACACACACACACACACACACACACACACACACGCAAGCACAUACACACCCUCCUUGUCUCUAUUGCACCCAUCAAGACAAAGAAUUGAGAGACCUCAAGGCAGGGUUGCAGGGAAGGAAUAAAAAAAAACUAUAGAACACACAAUUUACGGGUGUCCACACUGCUGCCCAAAAUAUUAACCUUGUCCAACCUAGGCUAGCCCUUAUUGCACCUUUCCUUCCCUUCCCUUUCCAUUCCUUUCCUUUCCUUUCCUGUCCACAACCUUACCUAACACAGCCCUGGAAGGAGCAGCAUUUGAAGGAUCUCUGGAUGGCUCCUUAAAGAUACACAUAAGACAUUUAGUGAGACAAUCAAGCACUUGUCUGUGUUCACUCUGUUUUUGUAAUGGUUGUCCCACACACCUACUUACUGACAGUGUUUUCCGCAGGGUAUCAAUUUUCAAUCAGUGUUAGAAAAAACACUAUUGAAGAAGUGCAGAUAUAUAUGAAAAGUUGACUAUAUAUAUUACAUUACAAAUGUUAUAUACAGUAAAUAUGCUAAACAGAUUUAAUGCAAUCUCUCUGUCAAUUUCGCAAUGCAUUUUUGUUUUCUUUCUUGCUUCUGAGCCAAUGCCUACGUGUCGGCCUGGGCAGGCAAGGUGAAUGUAUGAGCAACUCUUCGCCUUUUUUAUUCUCGUCACUGGGAGUCAUUUCACACAUUUGUUCGUCAAGGCAUUACCCUCCAAUAUGUUCUUAACAUUAUCUCUGACAAAGGGAGAACACUAAUGAAAACUGCGUAACAGACAAUCCCACCCACACAGACAGGUCUGUGCCACAUCGCCUCGACACUCAUGGUGUUUUUCCAUUAAAAACUGAAUGAUGGAAAGAGUAAAAAGUGCAGUAUGGCUGAAGAGUAAUGGUGCUAAUAACACGUUGGAACAUGAUGCUUUGUGAAUACUCUUGACCCCUGUGUACUGUACGCUUCUGUUCCCAUCUCAUUUUUUACGUACUGUAUAUGUUUGAAGGCAGGGAAAAUGAUGAAAGUAUUUUAAACUCAGAUACGGGUAUCUCCUCUGAUUCAGCACACACUCUCACUUUAGUUUUUGUGUUUGUUUUUUUUAAAUUUUAUUUUCAAAAAGAGAACCUUGUUGAUUUUUCUUUUUAAAUGUUAUAGCAACAAAAUGUAUAUUUUUAAAAAAUUGUGAAUCUGUUAUAUGAUGUUCGCUAGAAAUAAAGGAAAAAAGCUUUAUAGA